CGCGGGGACAAGGGACUUCCAGGCAGAGGCAGUUCAUCGUGUUCACUCACCAGUCACUCGUUCAUCACACCCUUUCUUCUCCCCCCUUAUCUUUUGCCCCCGUCAUCUAAACCUGUAGCCAUUAGGUACCAGGUAGAGACACAACCACACUUCUCCGCUAGUCACCUGACGAGCUAGCGUCCAGCAUCCAUGGCCGAUUUCUGGUUGCCCCUGCUGCUCGCCGUGAGCGCAGUCUGGGUUCUUCGUGCAUGGAGAGCACGACGGUUCGGCAACAAGGCGCGGAAGGCGGCGACGUACACGUACCCGCCGGGGCUGGAGCCGUACCCGCUGAUCGGCCACCUGCCGCAGUUCUUGGCGAACCGGCACCGCGUGCUGGACUGGAUGACCGAGGCGCUCGAGCGCCAGCCCACCGCCACGUUCGUGCUGCGCCGGCCGGGCGGCGUGCGGGGCGCGAUCACCGCGAACCCGGCCAACAUGGAGCACUUCCUGCGCGCUAGCUUCGACAACUACCCCAAGGGACCCAAGUUCGCGUCGCUGCUCCACGACUUCCUCGGCCGGGGCAUCUUCAACGCCGACGGCGAGGCCUGGCGCGCGCAGCGGAAGGUUGCCAGCCACGAGUUCAACACACGCUCGCUCCGCGCCUUCGUGGCACGCUGCGUGCACUCCGAGCUCCACGGCCGCCUCCUCCCGCUGCUGCGCCGCGCCGCGGCGUCCGGCGCCGGCGCCCGACUCGACCUCCAGGACGUGCUCGAGCGGUUCGCGUUCGACAACAUCUGCCGCGUAGCGUUCGACCACGACCCGCGCCAACUUCCGGACGACGGCGAUGACGGCACGGCGGCGGACGGCAGCUUCGCCGACGCGUUCCGCGACGCCGCGAAUCUCAGCGCUGGCCGGUUCCGGUACGCUGUCCCGGGGUUCUGGAAGAUCAAGAAGGCGCUGAACGUGGGGUCCGAGCGGCGGCUGCGAGAGUCCAUCGCGAUGGUGCACGACUUCGCCGAUGGCAUAAUCCAGUCGCGCCGGGAGGAGAUGCUGAGGGACGGUUUCGAGAAGCACGACCUCCUUUCGCGGUUCAUGGCGAGCCAGGACGCGACCUACUCCGAGUCCGAGGUGCCCCUCCGCGACGUCGUGAUCAGCUUCCUCCUCGCGGGGCGGGAGACCACGUCCUCGGCGCUCACCUGGUUCUUCUGGCUGCUCUCCUCGCGCCCCGACGUGCGGCGCCGCAUCCGCGACGAGGUCGCCGCGGUGCGCGCCCGGCGCGCACAGGGCGGCGUCGACACCAUCGUCGGCUUCGACCUCGACGAGCUCCGCGAGAUGCACUACGUGCACGCGGCCAUCACGGAGUCGAUGCGGCUCUACCCGCCGGUGCCGGUGAACUCGCUGCGGGCGGAGACGGACGACGUCCUCCCCGACGGCACGGCCGUGCAGGCGGGUUGGUUCGUGGCGUACAACUCGUACGGGAUGGGGCGGAUGGAGUCGGUCUGGGGCCGCGACGCGCGGGAGUUCCGGCCGGAGCGGUGGCUGAGCCCCGCCGACGGGACGUUCCGGCCGGACAGCCCGUUCCGGUACGUGGCGUUCCACGCGGGGCCGAGGGUGUGCCUGGGCAAGGAGAUGGCGUACAUUCAGAUGAAGUCCAUCGUGGCAUGCGUGCUGGAGGAGCUCGACGUGGCCGUCGACGGCGCGUACAGGCCCCGGCAGGUCGCAUCGCUGACGCUGCGGAUGGCGGACGGGCUCCCCGUGACCGUGAAGCCGAGACGAAACUGCUGAGCUGUUGCUCACGACUCAUUAGUCUCUGCAGACAAGUAUAGGUUGAAGUGAAGGAUGAGCUGCAGCUGACAAGCCAUUGGCAGUUUGUAAUCGUGUCUACCGGGUGCCCUGUUACGUUUUGGAGUCUCCUGCGUGCUGCGAGCUGCGAUCGCUUGAUUUCGCAGUUAUUUCCUGACACUUGUUGUGGAGAAUCAAUGGAGAUGGGAUUUGGACAGAUCGAGGUACCAGGCAAGUGAUGAGGACACCGACUUUUGGAAGUUGUAACGAGAGUCAAGAUUGUCGAAAUCACAAAUCUUGGAUCCCAACUCCUGCAAUAAAAUCGUAAAAACAUACUGCCGCUAGAAUGAGAAUCGUCAAAAGCAUACUGUAUAUCGUUGUCACGUUGUGACUAGAAUUAUGUGCGGUCCAUUCGAUCUA